GAGAAAACAAGCAUAGACCGCUUGUCUAAUUCUGGUCCCCAAAUAAAAGGCUGAGCACAUCCAUGAACCUGCACAGAAACGUCAAUCCUUCAUUUGCAUAAUUGUUAUCUGAAGACAAGUGAGAGACAGUGAUUCCAUGGUUACCUCCUCAGUACAAGACUGCCCGCCGGACUGACUGCCUGUGCCCGCCCGCAGGGCUGCAGGGCGCUUAACGAAGGUCGAAUGGUUUCCAGUACCCUCCUCGCGGGACAAAUCCCGCCGGCUCUCUCCACGGGACCGCGCGCAGAGGAGUCUCAAGCGAACUCUUUGACCCAGAGGCCACAGAGCCGCUUCCUCCGGCCUCCUCAGCGGCGGGGAGACGCUCUCGUCGUCGGCCUGGAGACAGCGGAGGCCCCUGGAAGGGCUGCAGUUGUUACUAGGUGACAGCGGGCUGCCGACGCUACCUUGGGGGGCUGAGACAGGUGCUCGGACGGGAUGCCCGCUUUGAUUGGCCAAGCGAUAGCACCGUUAGCCAAUAGAACCUCGGUCCGCUACGCACAUGCGCAGGGAUCCAACGCGCGUCGGUGGGCCGUGGUUCCUCUCGGCAGCUCCAAGAAGACACUCCAGAAAAAGAAUGCCAUCCCCUGUGGGUCCCUCACACCUGCCCCUCGGGGACCCUGAGGCCAGCCUCGAGGGGCCGGAAGGUGCGCGGCUGCGUUUCCGGGGAUUCUGCUAUGAGGAGGUGGCAGGGCCGCGGGAAGCACUGGCCCGGCUCCGAGAGCUGUGCCGGCAGUGGCUGCGGCCCGAGGCCUGCUCCAAGGAGGAGAUCCUGGAGCUGCUGGUGCUGGAGCAGUUCCUGGGCACGCUGCCACCUGAGAUCCAGGCCUGGGUUCGCAGGCAGCAGCCAGGCUGCCCCGAGGAGGCUGCUGCCCUGGUGGAGGGUCUGCAGCAGGACCCUGGGCAGCUGCUGGGCUGGAUCACAGCCCAUAUUCUGAAGCCAGAGGCGCUGUCUGCAGCCCGGAAGACAGAGGAAUCCUGUGGGAGCCCUCAGCCCUCAGUGAGGGAGGGUCCCUGUGGAGCAGCCCCAGGGGAGGGCCCACAGGACGCCAGGAUGGAAGGCUCUGCCCAGCUCAGUUGCAUUGUGAAGGAGGAGCUCGGUGUGGAUGGGCAGGAGAUGGCACCUCUCAGCCCCCUACUUCUGGCCCCAUCAUCCAAGCAUCAUCGGGAACACCAGGAAUCGGCCUCCACAUCUUUACAACCACCCAGGGAUCAGGAGCAAUGGGCCCUGCUGGACCCGUCACAGAAGGAGCUCUGCUGGGAUGCAAUGCUGCAGAAGUACGGCUCUGCAGUGUCCCUAGGGCUGCCGGACGGAGAACUGAACCCUGACCGGGAGCUGAGCCCACACCCCACUCACCAGGACCCGCCUGUGCCACGCAAGCCCUACACGUGUGCACAGUGCGGCUGUGGCUUUGACUGGAAGUCGGUCUUCGUGAUGCACAGGCGCUCGCACACGCGUGCCCAGGAGCCCGUUCCGUCGCCCUGCGCAUCCCGCAGCACCCCACGCCAUGCGCCAGGCCACACCUGCCAGGACUGUGGCCGCAGCUUCAGCUGGAAGUCACAGCUGGUUAUCCACCGCAAGGCCCACGCUGGCCAGCGGCGUCACGCCUGCGGAGACUGCGGCCGCGCCUUCGACUGGAAGUCACAGCUGGUCAUCCACUGCAAGGGCCACCGGCCUGAGGCACCGUGAGGAGGAGCCGCCCCUGGGAUGGAGGUCAGGCUCGCCGCUGAGCGUGAUUGCGCAACGCAGUGGCCGCGCAGGCCAUGCUCCCCACGCAGGGUGCAGUGCACGCUGACCGCACUCCCUGCUCCAGGACCUCUUGCUGGCAGUGGGGACGCGGGAACUGCCCUGUGCCCUCCCUGAAGCAGCAGGGCCUCCAGUCUGUGUGUGGAAGGGGGCAAGAGACCCAGGAAAGCACAGCUGGCAUCUGUUCUGAAUGUGGCCUUGUCUCCUGUCGUUUCCUGGUUCUUGGUGACCAGAGGAGAAUUUUCCUGGACAGCCUCACAAAUGUCAAGAGACCCUGCUCGCCGGGCAUGGUGGUGCACGCCUGUGAUCCCAGCACUCGGGAGGCUGAGGCAGGAGGAUCGUUGCAAGUUCGAGA